UUGACCCUUCCUACUGCCAAACACAUCCUUUAUUCCCUCCACCCGAAAAACCUUUGCUAAACCCUCAAACGGAAGGAAAAAGAAAAAAAAAGGCUACCCAGUAUGAUAAUCCACAGUUUAUGUCCACCCAGAGGAGGCGCGGCGAUUUCAAUUCAACAACCCCAGAAAUUGUCCGCUUUUAAUUCCGCUAUACCCACCAAAUUUGUUUCCACAAGGAAAAGUUCUUCACUUUUCCACUGCCCACUUCGAUAUCGCUCUAAAAAUGCAACAUUUUGUGUGAAAAAUCAGUACUUGACUCCUCAAGAACAAAGUCACCAGCAGCAGAAGUUUUCCCCUUACGACUCUCCUUCCCAAUCGCAGCCUGGAGGGCAGUUUCCACCAAGGGUUUAUGUGGGAUACUCUAUAUAUAAAGGGAAAGCUGCUCUUACAGUGGAACCUCGUGCGCCAGAGUUCUCUCCUUUAGAGUCUGGGGCCUUUAAGCUGUCGAAAGAGGGCUAUGUUCUGCUCCAGUUUGCUCCGGCAUCUGGUGUUCGUCAAUAUGAUUGGAGUCGGAAACAGGUAUUCUCGUUAUCAGUGAAUGAAAUUGGACACAUAAUCAGCCUUGGUGCAAGAGGCUCUUGUGAGUUUUUCCAUGACCCAAAUAAAGGAAAGAGCGAUGAGGGCAGAGUGAGGAAAGUGUUGAAGGUGGAGCCUUUGCCUGAUGGUUCUGGCCACUUCUUCAAUCUAAGUGUUCAAAACAAGAUCACCAACGUGGACGAGAACAUCUAUAUCCCCAUCACAAAGGCAGAGUUUACUGUUCUUGUAUCAUCUUUUAAUUUUGUUCUACCAUAUCUAUUGGGCUGGCAUACCUUUGUGAACUCCAUAAAGCCUGAAGAUGCAAAUCGUCAAAACAGCUCUAACGCCACUAACCCUAGAUCUGCAGACUUCGAAUGGACCAGAUAGCAAAAAGGUUUUGAGGUUUCCUAGGCUCCUGAAAGCAGGGAGUAAGCUCUGAGCGGAUAUCGAUGUUCUUGAUCUUUCUGAAGCUUGUUAGAGGGGGUGGUUUCAUGCAUAGCUUAUUUUGAGUUUAAGUUGCAUAGCUUAUUGUUGCUACUGAAAGUUGACUAGGAUCUUGUUUCAUUUUAUGUUGUGACCAUUUUCAUAUUGGCCAAUCUUGAUUAGUUUCAAAUACGUUGUUGAGAAAUGAGAAUUAUGGUUGGCAUAACUAAUGUGAUUUUGGUUUUUGAUA